AUGAAGAACAGACAGAAAAGCUUGAAAGAGGUGGAAAAAGAGAGACGAGACACAGUUCUCAAUGACCCUCUUAGUAAUGAAAACAAAGGCUUCGCUUUACUUCAGAAGAUGGGCUAUAAAACAGGUCAAGCCCUUGGCAAACAAGGUCAUGGUAUUGUUGAACCAAUUCCACUGAAUAUAAAAACAGGACGUAGUGGUAUAGGCCAUGACGAAAUGAAGAAAAGAAAAGCAGAGGAAAAUCUAGAAAAUUACAGGCAGAAGAUUUCUAUGCAGAAACGAGCAGAAGAACGAGCAGCUGAUGAUUUCAGGUAG